AUGCCGUCAUGGGUCUUCCACCUCCUGCAGCUGCUCCCCACCUGCGUGACCUUUGCCCUGGUGGCCAGUGUGGGCACUUGGAGUGGGGGGGGGGCCACAGGUAACUGGUUCACGUUCACCUGGUGCUUCUGCUUCAUCCUGUCCUUCAUUAUCCUCAUAGGCGAGCUCUGUGGGCUCCCGUUCUGCCUCCCCCUCUUCGGGGACAGCGUUCUAAUCACCUGUGCCUGCUCUGCCACCCUCUUCUGCCUCUCAGCCUCCAUGGACUUUGUCACCACCUACAUCCAGUUCUUGCCACGCAGCCCCUUCAGGGACCUCACCAUGGCUGCCACUGCCAUCUCCUGCAUCACUUCUGUGGCUUAUGCCACUGAAGUGGCCUGGACCCGUGUCCUGACUGGUGAGUUCUCCUGUGAUGUGUUCACUUUGCCGGGUCUGCUCAAGAGGCUGGAGAUCUUUGUGGCCUGUGCCAUCUUUGCCUUCAUCAGCAGCCCCUCCCUGUACCAGCACCAGCCGGCCCUGGGGUGGUGCAUGGCUGUGUAUGCCAUCUGCUUCCUCCUGCCAGCUGUGGCCCUCCUGCUGCCCUGGUGUGACUGGGGCAGAAGGUUGCUCAUCCCCUUCCCCGUUUUCCAUUUGGGGCUCACCUCGCUCUCUGUUCUCUUCUACACCACGGCUGUGAUCCUCUGGCCUCUCUACCAGUUUGACGAGCAGUUCGGUGGCCAGCCCCAGCGGUCCAGUGAUGCCACCUGCAGACAUAGACUCCCCUACGACAGGUGCACCUGGGACCAUCUGUUGGCUGUGGCCACCCUGACAGCCAUCAACCUGCUGCUUUACGUGGUUGGCCUCAUGAACCUGGCCUGUUCACCCGCCGGCACACCUGGGGCAGGACAGGAGGUGGCAGUGGCUUCCCAUGGGCCCAGGUGA